UCAUAUAUCUGCUGCAUGGCACGAUGCCUGCUUUUCAUUCUAAUCAGAUAUGCGGCUUGAGGUUUGGCUGUAGCUGCCUGUAUUGAUGGAAAGAGGAACCCAUCAGACACAAUGAAAAAAGUUGGACUUAUUGGAUUGCUACUGUUGCCCCAGGCGAAAUCGUCAUCAGGGUGUCUUCCUCAUGUUAAUCUUGUGAGAGAGGAGGAAGAGUGCUUGGCAGAUCUGCUGCUUUAUAAGUCACACAAAGCAACAGAAAACAACAUCAGCGUACACUGUAAGGGGAUGUGGGAUGACCUGAACUGCUGGCCAUCUGCUUCUCUUGGGGAAACUGUCUCUCAGCCGUGUCCGGAGUUUUUCACCUCGGAUGGUAAAGUGCACCGCAACUGCACUGCCAGUGGCUGGACAGACCCGCUCGUCCCAUAUGAAGACGCAUGCGGCUACACGUUCAAUGAGACGCUCCACUUUCUUGGAGAGUCCUCAGAUGCCCACUUGUACUUCUCCUAUGUGAAGAACAUGUACACGGCCGGGUACACACUCUCCCUCAUCUCCCUCUCCAUCGCCAUCACCAUAUUCUGCCUGUUUAGAAAGCUGCACUGCACCAGGAACCACAUCCACAUCCAGCUGUUUGUCUCCUUCAUCCUGAGAGCCAUCUUCAUCUUCGUCAGAGACUCUCUGCUAUUCACCGAUGAAGAGCUCUACCACUGUGACUACUACCCGGUGGCGUGCAAGGUCGCGCUCAUGUUUUCCAACUACUCCAUCCUGGCAAACUACAGCUGGCUGCUGGCGGAGGGUCACUUCCUCUUCACCCUGGUGAGCCGCUCCUUCUUCUCCCUGAGGAAACACCUCGCCUGGUACAUCGUCCUAAGCUGGGGCUUACCUUUGAUUGUCAUUGUCUCCUGGGGAUGUGCCAAGUAUUUCUAUGAAGACGAAGGCUGCUGGGAAACCAGGAGACAUGAAUGGAUUUGGUGGAUACUUCGAGUGCCAGUCCUUCUGACUAUAUCUAUGAAUCUCGUCUUUUUCUUGGGCAUUUUGAGGAUACUGGUGAACAAACUCCGUAUGCAAGAUGCACAGAGGAAUGAAUUCUGCCAGUAUAAGAGGCUGAUCAAAUCCACAUUCUUUCUGGUGGCUCUGUUCGGUCUGCAUUACAUCCUGUUUGUUUUCUUGCCCGUUGAAGUCAGCAGCUCAGUGUUUAAGAUAUGGACGUUUGCCGAGCUCGCUCUGUCCUCCACACAGGGUUUUGUGGUCGCCGUGCUCUACUGCUUCAUGAACGGAGAGGUGCAGCAGGAGUUCCAGAGGAGGUGGCGGAGGUGGCGGCUGUCUCAGCACCUCCCCAGCCGGCGCCGGCAGCAUCACGGCUCCAUCAGCAACAGCGGGUCCCCCCACACACAGGUGUCCCUGCUGCCCUGCUCUCCGGGAAGCCCGACAACCAGUGGACUCCCUGUGGAUACAGUGGAGAUGUGACUCAAGUGGCUCAUUUCCUCAUCGAUACAUAAUGGAUCCUUGCUGAGGGCCAAAUAGUGCACACCUGCAGCUUGAAUGUUUAAUACUGUCAAAUGCAUAUUUUUCUAAUCUCUAGAGUUUCUUUUAUUUGACGACAUCAGGAUGUGAAAUAGCUGGAGAGCUUAGACUACUUGGUUGUAGCGAUUAUAAUGAAUACUGUCACAAGAUUAAUGUGGAAAUGAUUAGUAAAUGUCCAAAAGUAACAGAUAGACAAUUGGGAAAAACAAAUUAAAGGGGCACUGCAUUCAUUUAGUAUUUCACCAUGAAGUUCUGGGGACUUGAAUGAUACGGAUUAUAUAAAAAAAAUAAUUGUUCAAAUUGAUUAAGUAAGUAUCGACCAAUAGAUCCUGCCCUUUUGUCCCCAGUAUGGUUAAAGCUCCAAAAACUCACUUAAUCCUACAAUUCCCAUAAUGCAACUCAACAGCAUCUUUUCAUGAAUGUCUUUCAAACUCAAGGGGUUUCUAUUGUCUAUAUUUGUAAUGUGUAGUCUGAGGUCCAAAGAAAUAGGCGUUAUUAUUGAUAGCCAGUCCUGUGAACAGAUGCUCUUUAUUUAAACCGGUUUUAUCCGUAAACGUACAUUGUAGUCCCACUCAAAAGGAUUAGUUAGACAUUUUAGGAAACACAUCUUUUCACGUUAUUGCUGAGAGUUAGACGAGAAGAUUGAUACCCCUCUUUAAUGUCUGUAAGCUAAAUAUGAAGCUACAGCCAGCGGGCGAUUAGCUUAGCUUAGCAUGAAGGCUAGCUGUUUUUUUUCUCCUGCUCUCAGCAGGAAAGCAAAUCAGUGUCAUCUCACAAAAUGUUGCUACUCCUUUACACACUUUUUUUGUUUUUAACCAAUUUAGAGUAGCAGAAAGUACUCCAGACUGCUGUCUCGCAUUUAAACCCAAUCAUGUCUUACACAGUAAUAAAGUAUCAAAGAGUCCAAUGUUAAGUUUCCACUGAGAACAAGAUGCGACAUUGAAAAGGCUACAUCAUUUGAGAGAACCCAAAUCUCUUCUUCAGGUCCUCCACCAGGUCAAUAUAGGCGGCCAUUGCUUCUUCUUUGGACAGACCUGUCGGUUAAAAAGCAAAUCAGUCGGUUUUUGCAAAAAAAUUAAUCGGUUUUAACCAUUUCCAUAUUAAAGUUCAAUAAAUCUGACCCUUCCGUUCUUUCCAUGCGUCCCAUUUUCCUCGUCCUGCGAGGUCAAAAAACCCUGGACGUUCUGUGGACGUCAAAGCAAAUAAACCAUCAAACACUGAAAUAACUGAAACUAAAUUCUAUUUUAAUCAUCAAAAGUAAAAGUACAGCAAAAGUUGCACCCAUGUCAGGCUAUUAUUACAUUCUACAAUCAAACAAAAGGUACACAUGAAGGGUUUUAUAGUCCGAUUCUAUUUCUUACUACUUUUUAAAUUUUACUAGUUUCAAACAAAUGAAUAAUAAGUAAAUAAAGGAUUCUGCAUUCCACCAAUUAUAGGCUUUAAAAUAGUAUUUAAAUGUUAAUAUUGGGAGAUAAAAGUUAAACAAAGAAAAAGGUGAAAAUGUUCUUCAUGGAUUAAAUAAAAAUAAUGAAAACAUUCCCAGAUAGGGGUCUAAAAUCCUCACUACUCUAUAUGAUAUCACUGACGUGUAUUAAUGCAGCAUUUUACUGAUGGAGUUGGAGCUGUAAUUUCAAUCUGUUAAGUAACGAAAGCUGUCAAAUAGACGUAGGGGGGUAAAAAGGUAAAGAUUCGUCACUGAAAUUGAAUGCAGUAGAAGUAGCACAGAAUUAGUUGAGCUUGUUGCUCAUUUAUCCAUGCGUAUUUAAUGUUUAUAGUGGAAAACUAAGUUUCAGGGGUUUUAAAAUCCUCUUUUUGAAUAUUCAUGUAAGUAAUACUUCCUGUUUUUUGUGCACACAGUCCCAAAAUGUUUUUUUCCAUUUCAAUACUAUUUUUUUUAUAUAUUUUUCUUUUAAAUAAAUGUCUGUGUCAAAGUAUCAGUUCUGGGAUCGUU